AUGAAUUCCUCCAUGCUACGACAUCCGUAUGCUAUUGACAGCAAAUCAAGCACAACUAAGAAAUUAAGUCGAUAUUCCAGAGCAGAGCUUCAUGAACUUCGAGAAAGAAACUCACAGAUGCUGAGUAACCAAUCCGUUAUCGACACUUUGCCAGAUAAAGGCGCCAAGCUGAAAGAAACAAAUCAAGUGAUUGACAGCUUGCUCUUGAAAGUGUUUGAUGAAAUCACCCCAGACAACACAAAUGACAUGGAAUGUCCUCUGACGGAAAAGCUGCAAAGCAUGUCAGUUCUCACUCCUCACCAGGGAGCUCGAAAGAGAUCGGUUGAUUUAGCUAAUCAACAAGCAUUUAGUCACUAUGCUUCAAGUGGUUUGUUGUUGAGAAAGCCAAGGAAGAAAUCAAAUGUCCAUACGCCAAGCAAUGCCUGUCCGUCAAUCUUCUUUAGCCAACACGCUUAUCGUACGAGUGGCGCACCACAGGAUAAUCAAACAUCACGUAUACCACAUCAUGCAAAAGUCAGAAUGCUCACAUUGGAUGAAUCGUUAUCAUUGCAAUCAGAGCAGCGCUCAUCGGUAAAAGACUGUGAGAAAGCGCUUGAUUUUGCACAUCCAAGCAAAAGUCUAUUAAAAUCGCUCAACCUGUCUGUUGAUUUGAUCCAACAAGAAAUCAACAUUGAUGAUGUCGAAUUCCCAACCCAUAACGAAGAAUCCGAGGAAGAUGAGGAGAAGGAUGCUCUUGUUGAGCCUAUGCUGAUUGAUUGA